AGAGAGAGAGAGAGAGCUUGGUGUUCAACACGAGAGAGAGAGUUAUCUAGAGAGAGAGAGAGAGAGAGAUGGUCUCCAGGGAACAGAAGAGAGCAAGUAUGCACGAGAAGCUGCAGAUCCUCCGAGCUCUUACUCAUUCUCAUGCGGUAAAUAAAAUGUCUAUCAUCUCUGAUGCAUCAACAUACAUCAAAGAUCUGAAGCAGAAGAUUGCGGCACUGAACAAAGAACUAGCAUGUGCGGCGCAGAACGCUAAUGUCUGCGAAGAAUCAUCAUCAUCAUCCCCUAUGGUCAGAGUUCAGGUCGUGGAGAAGGGUUUCCUCAUCAACGUGCUCAUGGACCAAAUCUGCCCUGCAGGUCUACUGGCCUCCAUUCUGGAAGCCUUCGACGAGCUGGGACUCACCGUGCUUGAGGCUAGGGCUUCAUGCUCCAGCUCAUUUCGACUCCAAGCAGUAGGAGCAGAGCAGGAAGCCGAUGGAGUGAUGGAUGCACAUGCGGUGGAGCUAGCGGUGAUCCAGGCCAUCAAGAGGUUUCCUGGAAAAUAGAAAAAAAAGAUGUGCAAGCUAGCUAGCAUAUGUGUAUGGUUGCUUAAUUAAUUGAUCGAGCUAGAGAAGCAAGCAAGGACUGAAUUGAACGAGAGCAACACAAAAUGACCAAUCUAAAGCCCUCUAAUUAGGGUUACCGAUGCUCAAAUUAAUGGGAUUUCUAAUUGCUCUCUCUACAGGAUUAGGGGGUAAUUAAUAUGCUGUCAAGAGGUUAAAUUAAAUGCACCUCCAUGCUGUUAUGUCUCGCAAGAAGAGUACGUGUCAUGUGUGUGGUAUAAGUGCUAGGCGGUGAUAUGUAGUGAAAAUGUCGAUAUGAAUAUAUAUCGAAGGUAUUUUUCAGUCCUU